GCGACGCCAUUUUGGGGGUGUCCUUUGCUCGCCUCAGUGAGGGGAGCCAAGUGUUUGAAUGAAUCCGAGCCCUUCAAAGGCGGUUCGGCUCCCCUCAGGCGGCUGCCUGACGAGCCCCAGCGCGGUUGAGCGGCUCUUCAAGCCCUACCUUAAAGGCCCCCGAAACUCUUCGUAAGAGGUGGUGGUAGUAGGGUGACCAGAUGUCCUGAUUUUGGGGGCCUUUUUCUUACAUAGGCUCCUAUGACGCCCCCACCCCCGUCUCGAUUUUUCACACUUGCUGUCUGGUCACCCUGGGCGGUGGCCUUGGCCAGCAUGUCUCUCCCGUGCGCGGUUCUGCUUGGGGUCGGGUGGCUGCUCCCGGCCCUUCUCGGGUAGCUGAGUUUUAGGGGUGUACGUGUGACGAGUAUCCGGCUGUGCAGGACCCUUGCUCUCCCUCUUCCAGAUGGCUGCAGCCCCCUACAGCUGAGUCAGAUCUUCCUCUGUUCCACAGCAUUGCAGCAGUUCAGCGGAAAGCCAGCAAGGCGUUCUUUCACUCCUCCCUACUACUGCAUCUCCCCUCCAGCAUCCACUCUACUACCCACCUCGCCACCAUGGCCAGUACUGUGUCAGCCUACAAGGAGAAAAUGAAGGAGCUGUCCUUGCUCUCACUGAUCUGCUCCUGUUUCCACACUCAGCCGCACCCCAAUACUAUCUACCAGUAUGGAGACAUGGAGGUGAAGCAGCUGGACAAAAGGGCAUCUGGCCAGAGCUUUGAAGUGAUCCUGAAGUCUCCUUCGGACUUGUCCCCGGAGAGUCCAGUCCUCUCUUCUCCCCCUAAGAAGAAGGACCUGUCCCUGGAGGAGCUGCAGAAGAGGCUGGAGGCUGCAGAGGAGAGGAGGAAGACCCAGGAGGCCCAAGUGCUGAAGCAGCUGGCAGAGAAACGGGAGCACGAGCGGGAGGUGCUGCACAAGGCCCUGGAGGAGAACAAUAACUUCAGCCGGCUGGCUGAGGAGAAGCUCAACUACAAGAUGGAGCUGAGCAAGGAGAUCCGUGAAGCUCACCUAGCUGCCUUGAGGGAGCGACUGCGUGAGAAGGAACUGCAUGCAGCUGAGGUUCGCAGGAACAAGGAACAGCGGGAGGAGAUCUCUGGAUAAAGGGCUUUUCUACAAAUCUAGCACCUGGUUCCUGAAUACUAACCAACCAACCAACCCAACACAUUUUAUUUUGUUUGUCUAGAUGCAACAUUUGGUUCCUCAUUUCCCCCCACCCUCUGGUGUUCGUUCCCCAGCUACGCGCUUCUCUCUCUCCAUCCUUAACUGUUCAGUACUUGUGGGGGAUCACAGGCCAUAGGGUACCUCUAAGCAUAAUAGCAGCUAGUUCAUAUGAAGUGUAGAAUCAGUCAAUAACCAAUCAAUCAGCUUCUCUUUGGGAUUUUGUUCUUUUUUAAAAAUCUUUCUUAAACAGAUGUAAAGAAUUCAGAUAUUAAUAAAUUCAACCAGCAGUGUCAUGGAGAUAUGGAUUUCCUAUCCAGAGCUUAUACUACUCUUGGUGUUUGCUCUGAGCCAGAUAUCAGUGUCAAGACAAUGGGCAGUAAAUAGUGAGGAUUUCUUCCUUGUGAGGGAGUGGUUAAUGGAUCCAUUGUUUCCCAGCAGAUGGAGAAGGGGACCAGAUGACUCAAGGAAUUGGUUAUGUCAUGCAGAGCCUUUCACCUUGGGUCACUGGUUUGAAGCCAGCCCAGGUAGGUAGUGACUUAGUCAUUACUUUCCGAUGGUGCUUUGGUAGCCCAUGUGAAAUUAGCUGGGGGUCUCAGAGCCUAGUGGACAGGUGCCCAUAUCACAAAAAAUACCAUCACCACAGGCAUUAGUGGAUAACCUAGUUGGCCAUGGGUCGAAUAAGCCUGUGGAUUGAACUACCCUCUCAGUUGUAGAGGCAGGACUGGGGCACAUUGGCUAAGCAGUGUCUGGGGAAGCCUGCACGGUUACUGCCUGUGUUGAACCUGAUUCUAUGGGUAAUCGGGGUGGCUCGGUUUCCAGGACUGUCAAUCAAUUUCACAAACAAUAACAUUUCACUUCAAUAAGUAAAUAAAUAAACUAGAAAGGGUAUGUGAUUGCGUACCAGCCCACCGGCCUUUAGAGAAGCUCUAAUUUGGAAGAAUUAUUGUUCCCUCUUUCCAAAGAUGGAUGUGACUCUUCAAUACCAUUACAGGAGAGACAUUUGGACCAAAGAUCACAGAAUGAACCAGAGAGCUCUGGCUCUUCAGCGUAGCAAAGGACACCCUGAUCUCUUCAAUGGUAUUUCCAGAAUGGCAGCUUUGGAAAAGACAGGUGUGGUGGGGGGGGGUAGGAGCAUGCUGCCAGGGAGAGGACAGAAGGGGUUAGGAGAUGUUUGUGUGCCUGCUUCUGGUGUAGUCACGGCAGUAGAAAUGUAAGGUCAUUGUUUACAGAGGUGGCUGCUGUAAAAGCAGAUGAUGAGCCAAACUGUAAGGGGUCUGCCAUUCCAUCGCUGAGGUCAAUAGAGUUGCAGACACUUAAUGCCAGAUCUGAAUGUGACUUGAUUGAUACAUCAACUGGCCUUUUUAUGUCUGUGGCUAAAGUGCAAGAAGGCACCAUCUUAAACUCAGUGAAGACUUGUUAUAGGGUGUGCAGGAUUCGGCUUGCGCAAGAGCAUUUCCUUGUGGGAGGAUAUUGUGGAGGAGAACAUGGCAGCUCUUUUUCCUUUUGGAACAUAGAGCAGCAAAGAUUCCUUCCUUCCACCUUCCAACUUUUGCAGUGUACUGGUACCUUUCUUUCAGACCAGUGCAGUGUUUCCAAGAAAAGGGAGCAGGAAUAUAGGCACAGAUACGGGAAGGAAUCAUGGACUGAAAUUCAUCCUCACUGUGUCACAAACUUCCCCUCUCCCAAUGGUCAUAAUGGCUUCUGUUUCAGAACCCAGGAUGAACAAACAGGCCAUCAAGGGGAACAGGAGGUUACUUACUAGUAACUGGUGCCCUUUGCACACAUUACCUUUAAAAAGCCACUCUUUAGGUGAGGCACACUACUCCUCCAGUGCGGCUCUGUGGAGGCAAUGUCACCAAGGAAAAUAACUUGUACAAACAACUGUAUGCUCUUUGCCCAGUGGGUGCAACAGACAUGUAUAUACUGCUUCCUUUUACUGUACAUAGAGUGGUUCCUGGCAGUUGUGUAGGCAGGCGCUGAGGGGUGCCACAAACCAGGGUUGGGAUAAGCAGGGCUGGAAUGUCAUCUAGCACAAAGGACCCGGGUGGUGUCAAGAUGCAAAAGCAGAUAUGGAUUUCAUAUUUGGUGUAAAGUUCCCCUUGCGCCCUCCUCCCCCAACAAAUAUUUGCAGACUCAGUUCUGAAGCUGCAGGGUUUUCAUCUACAAUGAGCUGGCAGAGUUUAAGGAAUCAGCUAUGCCCCAAACCAGAUGGGUAGCAUUUGGUCACAAAAGCCCAAUAGUGUGGUAAAGAAGUGACAGCUGCUGCUGGAAACAAGGCCGCUAGCCUCUCCCUAAUCUACCAGAGAAUAAAUUCUCCUUUUAAAUAGAGAAGAUCCCUCUAUGGCCACAACAUGUUUAUGAAUAUUAGGGAAAAGCUCUGCUCCAAAGGGAAGGGCUAGCUUAGCCACAAACCUCUCUGCCAGGGUCAGAGAAAGGCCAGGACUAUUGUUUGGCCCCAGCAGUGUCCAGGGCCAGGAAGCAUGUUAGGGGCAGGGUAGGGAAAAGGAAAGAAAACUGAGGGUUGAAUUUCUUAACAGUAGCUAAUGAUCAGUUUGUAAGUAGCAGUUGUCUUAGAUAAGCAUCUGUGUACACUGCAAAAUCAUUGCCAGAAUCAUCUCAUCCAUAUAGUGACAAUAAAUUUUAAAGUUAAUGAAUAAAUAAAUAAAAUGUUUGUGUGUAAGAAAUGGUUGAAACUGUCAAAUGUCCAUGUCUCACACCGGUGGGAGCUGAGAAGAUGUCUGCAAGAUAUUAACCCUGUCCUACUCUCUGUAGUGCUGAGUGUUUGCUUGGUGUGUAAUUCUGACCUGAAGCUUGUUGUAAAUACUGUUUUUAGUACUAUGACGAUGAUUAUUAUUAUCAGAAAUGUUGUAGGCAUGAGCACGAGAUUAAAACCAAUGAGAAACAACCAUUUCCACUUUGAUUACCCACUGGGCUCAAAAGAAUUUGGAGGCAGGGCCAGGUGAGGGCAGGAUGCCUGGGGCUGUGUGAUCUGGGCCCAGAGAGAGCAGUACAUCGAGAGGCAAGUGGCAGCACAGUGCAUAGCUGUUUGCUGCCUGCUGAGUGGCUGGGCUGCUUCAGGUGGAAGGUAAAUCAGGGAGUCAGGAGUAGGAGGCAGACCAAAGAGUCCUUCAGGCAGGGUGGGUGGGAACUGGGAGAAUCCAUUCCAGGAGUGGGACAGAAGGAGGAUCAGGAGAAAAAAUCUAAUGGGGGGGUGAUGUUUCAAACACAGCCCUAAAAUGUAAUGGAGCCAGGUCCAAUUUAGUGUUAAUUCAACUCUGCCUCUGGGGAGGUAGUCCAGUCUAUUUCCUGUAACCAUGGAACAAGACUGAGGGAAUGGAUGGUUACAUGUAUGAUACAGAAGAAAGUGGGUAGUUGCAGACUGGUCUUUGUUGGGGGCCUUCCUUCCCUUAUCCUGUACAGACACCAGGUCUCAAUUUUUGCCUCUGCUUGUAUCUUCCAUCUCAGACUUCCAUGGUGAAGCUCCCAGUUCAAGAUUGCCUCCACGCAGUUACAGGGCAAUUUUGAUCUUAGGUGAAGACUAAUUCUUGCAAUCGUUUGCCUGACAAAUACUCAAAUUGGUGAUUCACACAAGAUCUGGCCAGAGAGGUGUCUAGGAUAUAGUGCUCAUGCAGACGGGAGAGUUGGGAACCUCAUUUUCUUCACCUUUGCACCUUCAGUGCUGUGAGGUACAGUGGACAUGUCAGGAAAAUGCAUUAGUGCAGGAUAAACUGAUGCAUCAGGCAGAGAAACGGGCAUAUCAGGUAGAGGUUUGCAUCAGUAAUGUCAGAGAAAGGUUUGUUACAUCUGAUGGGAUAUGUUAUGUCAGGGAAAAAUGCUUGUCUGGUGUGCCCAGGUGAAUCAGGUAUAACAUGGAGCUGUGUCUGCCCUGUGCAACUGAAUGUCAGGGAAAUGAGUUUGUCCAGUGCCACUGGCUGUAUCAGGGAAACGUGUUUGGUUUCUGUGGCUGUGCACCUCUGGAAUGGAAUUCCUGUUGCUUGGAGGGACAUCCCACUAACACUGCUGAUGAAACGUUUGCACGGUCCAGACUGCAGCGGAGAGAUUAAUGAUAGAUGCAAGACACAUGCCUGAACUAACGCUGUGCCUGACAGCAUCAUAUAUCGCUUUGAUCUUCAGUUCACAAAUCCACAUCAGCUCACAAUUAUUUCAUUCCUGUUGACUUCCCAGAAUUGCUAACAAGUAGUUUGUGCCUGAAGAGGGGUUUCUUAUCUCCCUCCCCCACUCCAUUAACUCCCUUAUAUUUCCAUCACACUUCAUUUUUCUUGUGGCUCUUCAGCCAUUCCCUCAUGUUGCCAUCUUCAGGUAUAUUCCAUGGCAUGCAAUUUACAAAUUCCUGUGGCACCAUUUCUUAUGACAGGGCUUGAGCUCCUUCUGAGGCCUUUUAGGGUAUAUCUACUUGGCAAUAAAAUACCCAUGGCUGCCCUACAUCACCUGACUUGCACUCAUGGGGCUCAGGCUGUAAGGCUAUAAAAUUUCAAUCUAGACAUUCGGCCUUGGGCUGGAGUUCAGACUCUGGGACCUUCCCUCCUCGCCGGGUCCCAGAGCCCAUUUUUCAGUUCAAGCCUGAAUGUCUACAGUGUAGUUUUGCAGCCCUAGAGCCUGAGCCAAGAGGAAAAGUCAGCCAGCACAGGCCACCUGCACAGUGUUUUAUUCAGUGCAGCCAUACCCUUAGACGCUCAUUGAUGGGAAUUUCUAACUAGACUUGCUGUUAGUGGCCGCAUCUAAGAGCAUAUCUACUUGCGUAACAGCAUAUCUACUUUGGGCCACAUUCUCUUUCGGUGUAACUUCAACGAAGUCAAUAUUUACACCAGCAGAGAAUUUAGCCUCAUGUAUACUCCAGGUGUAACAGAAAGAACUGUGGUAGCAAAAGACCACCAGUGUGUAUACACAUUUCAAAUUUCUAGCUACCUCCCUGUUCUCUUGGGCAAAUUAAAGACUCCUACCCUGUAGAGAAAAAGGAAGAUGAACCUGAAGAUAAAUUAUUUCCCAGGUGUCACAAGCAUCUUGGUGAUUAGCAAUUCUCGGGUAAGAACCAGAACAAUCUGGCUCAUGUUCCAAAUAUUAGACCUUCCGUGUGCUUUAUUUAGAGCAAGUGUUCAGAUUUGGCUUUAAAGGGAUUGUCUCAAGGCUGUACGGCCCAUGAAGUGACAACAGAGUGCUCCUCAUUCAUGUCUAUUUUGGAAGUUCUCACUCCAUGCUUUUGUUGUGUUCUGAAACAAACCUUGCCGCAGUCAGAGUGUGAGAGUUACCCCAAAUGCUAGCCUUUUAGUGCCACAGGCAAUUCACAGACAAUUGCAUGCAUGUUACAAUAGGGGAUCAGAGCUGUGACACUGCUUCUGUAAAAUGUAAAUUUCAGGUUUUUUCCCUUGCCAGGACCAGUGAGACUCCCUGCCCCUGGUUCUGUUUAACUUUGUUGUCUCACAUAACUGGUUUCAUUCCAUUAAGCAGCUUACUGGCUUUGCGCACUUGCAGUGGUGACGGCCGUGUAUUCACAUACAGUGAGCACGCACAGACAUGCUCAUGUGUAUACACUAUAUGCAUACACCCACCUAUCACCACAUCAAACUUGAAACAAGAGUCAGGGAAUGGCUGUUUAUGGUGCUAUAGAUACUUAUUGCAAACCAUGCUAGGGAUGACGUGACAUAUUAGGACCAAUAAACUCCAUCUCUGUACAGGUGUCUAAGUAAUGUAGAUGAGGGGCACAGACCAGCAUUUAGGUUUCUAUAAUCCAGAGCCUACUCAGGGCUGAGGGGAUAACCGACUUCACUGGAAGCUGGAGGGAUGUGUAUCUGAACACAGGAAGUGCAGCCAGGAAUGCCUAACUUCUUAUUCUGGCUGCCUUGGGCAAGUCAUUUGGGGUAAGUCUACCCUGAA